AUGAAAAUAGACUCCUCUGUGUCCUGCUCUGCUCUGCAACCAUAUUCAAGACAGCUUGUGGAACGUGGGAACGACGACAAAGUGCCGUCGCCGGAGACGACGGAGGAGGCAGUUGCUGGCGCGGUGGCGGUGCUGCCUGAGCCCGCGGUAGAAAGCGUUCGCCGCUGCUUCGUACUCGCCUUCUCCGCCUCCGUCCGUCCAACCUGCCUUUCCUCCGCAGUCAACUCCUCCCAUCAAAGAACAUUAUCUCGAGAUCUUCAGAAUGACGCCUCCUCUGGUAUUGAUUCCGUCUCCAUGAGACAGAGAACCGAAUCCUCGGGGUCGGGGAUCCUCGAUGUUCCAUCUGGCUGUAAUGAUCGAGUGCUUGAGUUGUUCACUCACUUGAGAUACUUGCAGCUAGCACCAAGCAUCAUAAACUAGUGCAAAUUUGAAGGUUUUCAAUAAUUAGUACCCUUUCUGUGAUUCUUUUUGUCGCUCUCGUAGUUGCUUUGGCUUGUGUUUUUUGUAUUU